UUUUGGAGAAACAGUCUCUCGUGCUUGGAUCCCAGUCAACAUGCUAAAGGACUUCCAGGAGCUGUCCCUGGAGCUAGCUGGAGGGAAAAAGUUCAGGAACAAGGACUGCAACCAGAAGCUGGGAGCAGCCCUGACGAUGGCUCAAGAGGCAGAACGGAUCAGUAUUCAGGAACGGGUUAACUUGUUUGGUUUCCGGAGCCGAUACACUGGAUCUGACAGUAAUGGGGAAGGAAAAGACCUAAGGCUUUCUGGGGCUAACAGCCCAGAUUCCUGCUCGGAGAAAGAAGAGGAAGAGUUGGAAUUGGAGGCAGAGGAGUUGGAGGAGGAAGAAGAGAAAAAGAAUUCCAAAGAACAUAGUGGAAGAAUUUGGGAUGGAGAGAGGAGAGCCUGUGAGAGGCAUUGGGUCAAGUUAGCAGAUGCUGGAAUAAAGAAAGGUGGGAAUAAGGGUUUGGAAGGUCAAUGUCUUGUCUGGGUCCAGUGUUCCUCCCCAGACUGUGAGAAGUGGAGGCGGCUUUGUGGGAACAUUGACCCCUCAGUGCUUCCAGAUAAUUGGUCCUGUGAUCAGAAUACAGACUCGAGGUAUAAUCGCUGUGACAUCCCUGAGGAGUCCUGGACAGGGCGUGAGAGUGAUGUGGCCUAUGCCUCCUACAUCCCAGGAUCCAUCAUCUGGGCCAAGCAAUAUGGUUACCCCUGGUGGCCAGGCAUGGUAGAAUCCGAUCCUGACCUGGGGGAAUAUUUUCUUUUUGCUUCUCAUCUUGAUUCCCUGCCGUCUAAAUACCAUGUGACAUUUUUUGGAGAAACAGUCUCUCGUGCUUGGAUCCCAGUCAACAUGCUAAAGGACUUCCAGGAGCUGUCCCUGGAGCUAGCUGGAGGGAAAAAGUUCAGGAACAAGGACUGCAACCAGAAGCUGGGAGCAGCCCUGACGAUGGCUCAAGAGGCAGAACGGAUCAGUAUUCAGGAACGGGUUAACUUGUUUGGUUUCCGGAGCCGAUACACUGGAUCUGACAGUAAUGGGGAAGGAAAAGACCUAAGGCUUUCUGGGGCUAACAGCCCAGAUUCCUGCUCGGAGAAAGAAGAGGAAGAGUUGGAAUUGGAGGCAGAGGAGUUGGAGGAGGAAGAAGAGAAAAAGGAGGCUGGAAGUAUGCCCCCUGACGAUGAAGCCUCCAGUGACCUGGACCUGGAGCAACUCCUGGAAGAUGCUGGAGAAGAGCUGGAACAGCUGGAGGAGCCACGGUGUGGAGAUGCGGCCGGCGAGUUCACCUUGGCCUUCUUCGAGGAAUAG